CAUAUGUCCCAGACUAUUAAGUACCUUGGUAUGCCUUCUUAUAUAUACCCUUCUACAUGCCUAAUACAACCACAUCUUCCUAGAAAUUAAUCUACAUACUCAUUCAGAAAGAAGCGAUUCUUUGAAUUUUUUUCCUUCCUUCAACAACACUUUACAGUGAACAUCCUCUAGCUUCCUUGAAAACAUGGCCAUCCGUAUGCCUCGUAUCAUUCAAGCAAGACAAAUUCUCAAACGAUCCCUCUCUAAUGGGGGCAGCACUCCCGCAUCUAUGGAUAUCCCCAAAGGCUAUUUUGCCAUUUAUGUUGGGGAACAAGAGAAGAAGCGGUUUGUAGUCCCUGUAUCAAUAUUAAGCCAGCCUAGAUUUCAAGAGUUACUGCAUCAGUCAGAGCAAGAGUUUGGAUACAACCAUCCCAUGGGCGGGAUCACGAUACCAUGUAGUGAAGACGUAUUUACCGAUCUCGCUUCUCGUUUUGGAGCAUUUUGACUUGUGUAGAUCGGUAUCUUUCUGACAAAGUUUUGUAAACAACAAGACAGUAGUGAGCUUUUGUAGUUGUAAAGUUAGAUCGUUGUUCCAGAUUAAUGAAACUUUAAUUGGAUAUUAUUUUGAGUUCAUGAUAUACUAAUUGUUAUAAGAGGUGGUUUAGUACACAAAUAAAGCUACUUAGUAGCCAGUUAUAGAAGUUGAAGGGGAUA